UUUCCUAAACCAAGCGUCACUUUCUGAAUCACACGUAAGACUACAGUUCCCAAAGUUCACAUCUUUCACGUUUAACAAGCUUUCACGUUAAUCUGACGUUUUACGUAUUCUUGCGUCACGCCUUGUAGUUCACCAGGGUUCAGAGACCUCGGUUCAGGCACAGACCGGAGAAGAGAAUGGAGAAACGGUGGUUGUCCUUUACACUCCUCUUCUUAGGAGUGUUUUCUCUCUACUGCGCCUCCGCUGAUAAUGGUGGUGUUAAAAAAUUAAAGAUGCAGUUUGCCACGGGACCACUUCUCAAAUUCCAGAUUUGUAUCUCCUGAGGGUACAAGCGGGUGUUUGAGGAGUACAUGCAGGUCCUGAACCAGCGGUACCCAGACAUCCGCAUCGAGGGGGAGAACUACCUGCCCCUCCCCAUCUACCAACACAUCGCGUCCUUCCUCUCCAUGUUCAAGCUGGCUCUGAUCGGCCUGGUCAUCCUGGGAAAGGACCCCUUCCCCGCUCUUGGCGUGCAGACUCCCGGGAUCUGGACCUGGGGCCAGGAGAACAAGAUAUAUGCGUGUAUGAUGGUGUUCUUCUUCAGUAAUAUGCUUGAAAACCACUGCAUGUCCACGGGGGCCUUUGAAAUCACACUGAACGACAUGCCGGUGUGGUCCAAGCUGGAGUCGGGCCACCUGCCCUCCAUGCAGCAGCUGGUGCAGAUCCUGGAGAACGAGAUGAAGAUGAACGUGCCCAUGGACGCUCUUCCUCACCAGCGGUCCUAGCCCCCCUGCGAACCCCCUCCCGCCCCCCAGCCCGUUGGAGGAGGGCGUGCCCUCAGGCAGUGAGGCGAUCCUUAUGAAGGUCUGUGCUGAAUGCAGGUUUGACUGCGGGUGCAGGCCGGAUGUUUCCAUCGUUCCUCACUGAGCCUGGGGUCCCUCCCUCCCCAAACGGGACAACGGGGGUCCGUGCCAUCGGGAUGGCUUUUCCCUUUCUUUAUUUUAUUUAAUUUUUUCUUUUUUUUUCUUUCCACUACUGCUGCCCAUUUGGUGCAAUAAUCCUAUAUAGCAGGGGUGUCAAACUCUGCAGUUUUAACUCCUGGAGGGCCGCAGUGUCUGCAGGUUUAACUCCAGUCCAGGAGGGCCGCAGUGUCUGCAGGUUUAACUCCAGUCCUGGAGGGCCGCAGUGUCUGCAGGUUUAACUCCGGUCCUGGAGGGCCGCAGUGUCUGCAGGUUUAACUCCAGUCCUGGAGGGCCGCACCGUCUGCAGGUUUAACUCCAGUCCUGGAGGCCCGCAGUGUCUGCAGGUUUAACUCCGGUCCUGGAGGGCCACAGUGUCUGCAGGUUUAACUCCAGUCCAGGAGGGCCGCAGUGUCUGCAGGUUUAACUCCGGUCCUGGAGGGCCGCAGUGUCUGCGGGUUUAACUCCAGUCCUGGAGGGCCGCAGUGUCUGCAGGUUUAACUCCAGUCCUGGAGGGCCGCAGUGUGUGCAGGUUUAACUCCGGUCCUGGAGGGCCGCAGUGUCUGCGGGUUUAACUCCAGUCCUGGAGGGCCGCAGUGUCUGCAGGUUUAACUCCAGUCCUGGAGGGCCGCAGUGUGUGCAGGUUUAACUCCGGUCCUGGAGGGCUGGUGUGUCUGCAGGUUUAACUCCAGUCCUGGAGGGCCGCAGUGUCUGCUGGUUUAACUGUUUUUCGUUUGUGAUUACUUUUAAGUCAUUGAUUGGCUAAAGAAUCCACACGUUGCUCUCAGGGUGACAGUUGGCUGAUGAUUGACCGGAACCUGCAGUUACCAGCAGACACUGCGGCCCUCCAGGAGUUUCAUGCCUCUGUUGCAUAGUUUUGCCGCCCCCGCCAUAACCUAACAUCCCCAUUGAUUGUUUUAUAUUUACGGAAUUACGGAAGAUUACUAAAAUAACAAACAAAUAACCAGAACAAGCCAGAUUAUAAUUAUUUAAUUGCUCUGAAUUUGAAUUUACUUGACAAUUUGAAUUAGUUUCAUUAACUGUUGUAAUGUUUUAUAUUUGUUUUUAUAGCCAAAUAUGGAACUGAGAGAGAAAUUAAAAUGUAAUUAUGACUAACUGGAAA